AUGGGGCGCUCGCCGGCCCUGAUCCAUCCGGAACUGGCGAAACGGAGGCCGCAGUCUGAGAGGCCUUCGUCGUCGCCGCUCGCGCGCCCUGCGGACUCCUCAAACUCCUCUGUUCUUCGCAAUCCGCAGGAGCUCUCUGCACUGUCCGGCGAGGCUCUGCGAGGGCAGGCUGAGCCGCUUCUGUCUCCGGCGGCGCGCCCGGGGUCUCUCGCAGGCGACAGACCAAAGGUAGACGGCGUUCGUUUCGCUAGCCGCCUACUGGGAGGAUGUGUGGGGGAGGGCGAGGAGGCCAGAGGCUUUCGAGGAGACUCGCGGCAACACGCGGCUGGUCAGUCUACCAGGGAUGAGGGCAGAGCUUCCAACGCGAAACCCUUCCCCUACUACGACACCGAAAGCGACGACGAAGGCCAGAGAAGGCGAUCCGCGGAGAAACGGCGCGAGGAGGAAGACUGGCUGGAAGAGCAAAGGAAGUCUCUCUCUGCACAACAGAGGCGCUUCCAAGCCCUCAUCGACAAGCUUCGUCUUCAGGAAGGAGAUCUACACGUGGCGCCGUCUGUCCGCAACAACGUCCUGAGCAAGCUGCAGGAGGCGUUGCCGUCGCCCGCGUCUCUGGUCUUUCCAUCGCCCAACAGCAGUCUGAGCGCGUCUUCGCCCUCCUCGUCUUCUUCGUACCCUGCGUCUCCCAGCGCGGCGCAGGCGGCGGCGGGCGAGGAGGGAGACGCCUCUCCGGAGGCCUCCGCGUGGACGCAGGCCACAGCUCUCGUUCGCCGCUUGCAGCAGAUGCACGCACAGCGAGAGGAGCUGGAGCGGUGGGAGGAGGAGCAAAGAAGGCUUCAGAGGGAACAGGCGCGCGAGCUCCGAGAGAAGCAGCGGGAGCAAGAGAAGAAGGACUGGGAGGCGCAGAUGGCCAGGCAGAUUGCGACCAACAAGGCGGUACAAAGAGAGCUGGAUGAGCGGCUGAGAAGGAGCGACGACGCAGAGGACGCUUCCGCCGCCCCCGCGGCAACUCCGCAGCAACAAAUCAAGAAACUGCUGACUGAAAGGCCGCCAGACACGCUCAUCGACAUGGUCAAGGCGGCGCAGGCGAAAGGGGACGAAGUCUUCCCUGUCGCCUCUGCCGACGGAGAGAAAACGCAGCCCAGCCGCAAAGGUGAAAACAAAAAGGGCAAAGCGGGGCCCACGCCGAUGCCGCCGCGGCCCGGCCUCACUCUUCACGUGCAGUCUCUGCAGGUCUGCUGGAGUAAGCGGGAAGGAGGAGGGCGCCCAAGGCGGCGCAGCGGGAGGCGCGACGGCGCAGCGGACAGCGGGCAGGACGACAGCGACGCCUCGUUUUCCUCUUCGUCUUUUUUCUCGUCCUCGGAGGACGACCGCGGCGGCGCACGGGCGAAGGGCAAGGGACGCGCGGCGACGCGGAGGAGCAGCAAGAAGGAGAAGAGUCGCGGCAGCAAACGGAACCUCACGCCGCCUCGUGGCUUGCCCCUGGGGACCGUUAGCUAUUGCAUCGUCGCCAAGUACGCAGAAAAGUACGAGGGCACCUGUGAAGAUCUCCCGGUGUUCACGACGGCGUGGUACGAAGCGACGGUCGCGUUUACGCAAACACGCCAGAAAACAGCCGACGAGCAAGAUCCGAGAGACGGCAGACACUCGCAGGGCGACGACGCAGCCGGCAACAGGGGCGACCCAGCGCUGGGCCGCCGAGCGAAACUCGCCGCGGCGUAUCUCGGAAAGUCUCUGAGCCAGCAGGCGGGCGCGGCUAAAGCAGAGAGCGCGGCGGCCCCCGUUCAAACGCUGAUCAAGGAAGCCUGCAUCCUGGACACAGAUAUCACUCUCCCCCAGCUGGCCCCCGUACAAGCCGCGCGAGUCGACCCGAACUGCCUUCUCCUUCAGCUCUGGCGAUACGAGAAGCAAAUCCGGCGCAAGUCGAAGAGCGCAGCUACGCAGAGGCGCAAGAAGAGCUCGUUAGGCUCGAAAGCGGCGGCGCGACGCGGGCGGAGCUCAGAGAAAGCGCGCCGCGAACCAGGCCGCGACGAGGAGACCGACGAGCCCCCGCAGUACCUGCACCACAUUGAGGAAGUGGGGCGGAUCUACGUCGACUUAGAAGACGCCAGAGUUUACGACAGAUCGCAAAGCGUCUUUCCAAUCACGCCUGUGCCCGUGGACAGCGCGUUUGCUCAAGAGUCCAGAGGCCCGGACGGCGCCGCGACCCCGGGUCUCUCGGGGGGGCGCCGGCGGUCCUCAAAGUAUCUCUCUCUAGCCGCGACCGCGGUCGCGUCCUCGGGGACACUCUACGCCUUCAUCACCAGCACCGUGAGGAAAGUCGAGCCUCUGCAGAGCGUGCUGGAGCGUGAGGAGACGGAAGACCGCCCCCGAAAGGCCUGGAAGGCCCCAGAGGUGGAUGCAGGCGAGUCGCCAACCGACGAGAAGAAAGAAAUGCUGCAAUGGAAGUAUGUGGAUGACUUCAAAGUGCUUCAGGGCCCCUUCUCGAGUCAGCAAAUGGUGGACUGGAUACGCGCGGGGUACUUUGAAGAGGACGCGCCGGUCUGCCCCGCCGACGAGGCGAACCGUCUGCAGCCCCUGCGAGUGGUCCUUGGGAAGAUUCGGCGCGACGCGGAGGAGUUUCGUCGCCUCCAGAAGCUGACCAGCGCACGCAGACAGGCCUCAAAGAGCGACGAGGCGCCUCUCUCGGUCUCCAGUAAGGACUCCUCCACGGGCUCCGGCAGCGAGGCCGCUGAAGACGCGAAGGAAAAACAGGACGAGGACAAGAAGGCAGAGACGGAUGGAAAGAAGCGGAGAAUUGCCAAGGCGCUGGAAACGCCCGGGACAUCGAAUCGACCAGGCGGCGGCGCGACUAUAACGCUGACGACAACCGCAGAUUCCGCCGCCGCGGUGUCGCCGGCGUCGUCGCAUCGCAGCAGGGGCAGCGCCAAGGCGGCGCCUAGGCCGAAGGCGAAGACGGAAAAAGAGCAGGUCCCGGCGGAAGCAGAGCCUAAACAACCGGGGCGUCUGAUGCGCGAAAAGGGGGCAGAGGUGCAAAACGUGAUGAAACUUCUAGAAGAAGCCACACACUGCCUCUCGCGCAUUUCUACUCACAGAAUGUCAAACUACCUGCGGUGCACCGUCGCGGACCCUGGCCGCAGCCUUCCAGCAUCCGAGCCGCCCCCCGCUGCUAUGGAGCCGUCUGCGGCAUGUUUCCAGGCGUCGCCAUUGCCCGCUGUGGAGGGUCGCGUCCUCCAGCCAGGGCAGGGGCCCGCUAGCUGUGAAGGCCCCUUGGAGCCCAACGCGGUCGACCCCGCGUAUCUGGCGAGUCAGACGCGGCGUGCGCAGAUUCGAGAGCGCAUGCGUGCGCUCGAGCAAAUGUUUGGCCGCGCUGCCCUUCGCGAAGCGUGUGCGGUCUACAUUCAGGCCGCCGUGCGCGGCUGGCUGCAGCGGCUUCGCCUGUGGCGAACGUACCAAGCGGAAGUCGCUGCAAUGCAUUUGGCCACGGCCGGCUGGAACUCGCCCCACGCAGUCCCGUACACAGGGUUUCCCGCGUACAACCCGAGUUCUCGCUUCGCCCCCAAUCUCCUGCAGUCGCCCAGCGGUCAAGAGGGUAAUGACACUCUUUACCCCGGCUACCCCGCUCACGUUGGAGACCGCGCAGACUUCGCCUCUCCAGGGCUACCUGCAGGCGUGCACUAUCGGCCUGACUUCUGUCCCAGAGAUUUCUCUCUUGCGCGUGCGACGGACGGCUGUGGAGGCGCAGUGCCCUCGGUGGGUCCUUUUUCCCGCGGUGCUACCGCUGGCGGGCGCGCAGACAUGAGCGUCCAUGCCUCUGAGGGGUGGGGCAGGGGGCCAGGUGGCCCUUACGUGGGGGGGGGCCUGGGCCCGGUCGAGCCCGGGUCUUCGGCAGGGGGCUGGGGCGCUGCCCCGUGCGCGGUGGAGACGUUCGGUGCUUUCGGGAGAGACACCGCGGGCAGCGGACGUUUGGGCUGGGAGCAAGGAGUGUCUUCGCCUAGCCAGGGUACGUGUCCAUCGUUUCUUUCUUACACGCAAAUCGCAGCGGAGCGGGGUCUCGCACCCGCCUUGGGGGACUCCUUUCCUCAUAGGUAG